AUGAACACUAAGGUGAGCGGUGUAGUGCCUGUGCUUCGAACCAGAAUCAUCCUCGUGCUGGCUUUCACUGCCGUCGCCACCGCCGACAAGCCGAGCUUCUCCUAUGGCGCCCCUAGGGUAGCAUCCAGGGAAUCCUUCGAGUCCUUCGAGUCCCCUGAAGCCAAGUACGACUUCCAGUGGGCCGUCGACCACGACGACUCCGGCAACGACUUCGGACACCAGGAGGUUCGCGAUAACGACAACACUCAAGGAUCCUAUUACGUGCAGCUCCCCGACGGCCGUCUGCAGAAGGUCACCUACUAUGUGGAUGGAGACUCAGGCUAUGUAGCCGACGUCAGCUACGAGGGCGAAGCUCGCUAUGACUCAGCUGAGUCCCGCGAGGCUCCCAGACCUGUCUACUCAGCCCCCAGACCUGUCUACUCAGCCCCCAGACCACGCGUCCCUGACUCCCGUGAAUCCUUCGAGAGGCCCGUACCCAUCCCCGUCAGGGCCCGUCACUUCGACUCCCGUGAAUCCUUCGAGAGGCCCGCACCCAUCCCCGUCAGGCCCCGCCACUUCGACUCCCGUGAAUCCUUCGAGAGGCCCGCACCCAUCCCCGUCAGGCCUCGUCACUUCGACUCCCGUGAAUCCUUCGAGAGGCCCGCACCCAUCCCCGUCAGGCCCCGUCACUUCGACUCCCGUGAAUCCUUCGAGUUCGGCAGCUUCGACUCCCGCGAGUCAUUCCAUUCGGAUGAGGACGUCCGCCGACACUUCGGCUGAAGGACCGCGUGCAAUAAUGGCCUGAAUUGCAAAUGCUGCGAAUGUAUUUAUUAGCGUGAAUGUGUCAAAUAAAUGUUAUGCAAUGAAAAUAA